GUGACUCCGGGCCGAAAUGGCAGUGUCCCGUUGCCUCGCUGUGGCCACCGAAUGGAAACCUGCAGGUGUCCUCUCAGCUACCUAAUCUCUUUCCUCCUUUUCCUGUCCCAUUCAGAGACAGCCUGCCGUCCCUUGGGGAAGAGACCUUGCAGGAUGCAAGCCUUCAGAAUCUGGGAUGUUAACCAGAAGACCUUCUACCUGAGGAAUAACCAACUAGUCGCUGGAUACUUGCAAGGAUCAAAUACUAAAUUAGAAGAGAAGUUAGAUGUGGUGCCCGUCGAGCCUCAUGCCGUGUUCUUGGGGAUCCAUGGGGGGAAGCUGUGCCUGGCCUGUGUCAAGUCUGGAGAUGAGACCAGGCUCCAGCUGGAGGCCGUUAACAUCACUGACCUGAGUAAGAACAAGGAUCAAGACAAGCGCUUUACCUUCAUCCUCUCAGACAGUGGCCCUACCACCAGCUUUGAGUCUGCUGCCUGCCCUGGCUGGUUCCUCUGCACAGCACUGGAGGCCGACCGGCCUGUCAGCCUCACCAACAGACCAGAAGAGGCCAUGAUGGUCACUAAGUUCUACUUCCAGAAGGAAUAAUAGUGUGUCCAUUCCGUGCUUCCCCCCCACUCCCAACACAUCAAUGACUCCAGAGAUGCCUCUCCAUUCUGCCUGGGGUCUCCUGGCUGUGGUGGAGGCUCUGAGGAGCAGCCUCGGUGGGGUGGACCCUCAGAAGGAUGUAUGAGAGCCCUGGUAACGGGACCCUGCCUCCAGCCUCCUCAGCUAGCCAACCUCAAUGCUGCCACCACAGUGGUCUUUCUAAAGUGCACCUCUAGCUGCAGCACUGCUCCAGGCCUUUCAGGGCUGCCUCUGCCUUCUGGAUUAAAGCCAGGCUGCUUGGCCAGCCUGGCCCCCUGCUCUCCUCUCCGUAACUCCUUGCUCUCCUCCCUUGCCCCAUGUCCAUGUCCUGGAUCCCUCCUGCCCCUUUGCUGGCCUCCCAAACCUUGUGUUUUGCAAACCGA